AUGGAGCAAAGGGCGAAUCCCCGACAAAGGCGUCAAGACUAUGUCGAGGAUUCUGAAGAAGAAGAUGAAGAGGAUUUCCAGGGCAUGCCUAUUUGUGAAGGUCGCCGUUAUGGAGGAUUCCAAGGAGAGCAUGUUCGUGGGGGUCGUCAACAUGGAGGAUAUCGGCGAGAACACGAACAGUAUCAAUUGAAAGUCGACCUUCCUACCUUCAAUGGCAACUUAAACAUCGAAGACUUUCUGGAUUGGCUCUGGGAGGUUGAGAAGUUCUUUGAUGCCAUGGAGAUCGAAGAGGACCGCCAAGCUUGCAAACAAGGAAGUCGAACGGUUCAAGCUUACACGAAGGAAUUCCUUCAACUUUCGGCACGCAAUAAUCUUGCCGAAUCUGAAGCGCAACAAACCACCAGGUAUAUCAAUGGUCUAAGUUUGAAUAUUCAAGAUCGUGUUUCGUUGCAUCGUUUAUACUCUGUCGAGGAUGCGCAAGAGAUGGCCAAGAAAGUGAAAUUGCAGUUGGAGCGAAACAAUUACUCAAGCAGAACGGGAAAUUAUGCUCCUCGAGGACAAUUCGGGCGGGGAAAAUCGCAGGAGGGUGCUGAGUCCUCUAAUCAGCAAUUCAACAAUACAAACCGAAAUUCGGGGAGUAAUGUUGAAGCGCUCAAACCCUAUGAGUCCCCUGCAUCAAAGGCUCGUGAUGUUGUUCCGAAUCCUUAUGCCAAGCCCUAUCCAGGAAAGUGCUUUAAAUGUAAUGAGCCUGGGCACCGUUCGAGUGACUGUCCACGGCGGAAGAUGGCGAAUCUGGUCGAACCUGAAGAUGAGGUUUAUGAGGAGGAUUGGGGGAAUGAAGAAGAGAUAGUCGAUGAAGAAGGAGAACAUGUUAAUUGCGUGGUUAGACGACUGCUGUUAGCCCCACGGAAGGAAGAUUCACAGCGGAAUAACCUUUUCUGCACCCGUUGCAAUAUUAGUGGAAAGGUUUGCGACGUCAUCAUCGACAGCGAAAGUUGCGAGAAUAUCGUAUCACAGGUGUUUGUCGAUCAUCUCCAACUAAAGACUGAAGUUCAUCCCUCGCCCUAUACGAUUGGCUGGAUUCAUAAGGGGCCGGAAUUAAAGGUAACCCAGAUUUGUCAUUUGCCUAUUUCUAUUGGAAAAACGUACAAAUAUAUGAUAAUCUAUGAUGUUGUUGAGAUGGAUGCAUGCCACAUCUUGCUGGGAUGGCCAUGGCAGUAUGAUGUUGAUGUUACUCACCGAGUGCCUGAGAAUGUUUAUUCUUUUGUAUGGGAUAGGACGAAAAUUACCCUUCGUCCCUUGGAUGAAGCUACUCGUGUUCCGCGAACUACUCAAAAACAGGACAAGGACAAGGCUGGUGUUUUACUUAAUGUUCACAAGAAGAAUGGUAUGUACUUGAUCGUGGAUAGUGGAUCUAAGCAGGAAACCAUCGAAAUUCCAGAAGCACUUCAACCAUUACUAAAGGCUUUUUCUAGUCUUAUUCCUGAGGAUCUACCGGAUGGACUACCACCGAUGCGAGACAUUCAGCACCAAAUUGAUUUCUUACCAGGUGCUAGUCUUCCAAAUUUGCCCCACUAUCGCAUGACCCCGAAGGAGAAUCAGAUAUUACGGGAAAAGGUGGAAGAACUUCUUCGGAAGGGAUUUAUACGAGAGAGCAUGAGCCCUUGUGCAGUUCCUGCUUUACUUACACCAAAGAAAGAUGGGAGCAUGCGGAUGUUGUCUGGAUCAAAGAUCUUUUCGAAGAUCGAUUUGCGGAGUGGGUACCAUCAGAUUCGUAUGAGGCCCGGGGAUGAAUGGAAGACGGCGUUCAAAACUAGCGAAGGACUUUAUGAGUGGUUAGUCAUGCCCUUUGGACUUACCAAUGCUCCUAGCACUUUUAUGUGCUUGAUGACGCAGGUCCUUAAACCUUUCUUGGGAAAGUUCGUGGUGAUUUAUUUCGAUGAUAUACUUGUCUAUAGCCCCAAUGAGCAGCAACAUGUAGACCACCUUCGAGAUGUUUUGCAGAUGGCCUUCGAGUUGAUGAGACGAAGGUUGCUGCGAUUCAAGAGUGGCCUACACCCAAGACUGUUGGGGAGUACUAUCUUAGCACCUAUCACAGGAUGUUUGAAGAAGGGGCAAUUUCGCUGGGAUGAUGUAGCUGAGGCAAGCUUUGCCUUGAUAAAAGAGAAAUUGUCUACUGCGCCUGUUCUAACUUUGCCGAAUUUUGAUAAAUUGGUCGAGCUAGAUUGUGAUGCUUCGAGAGUCGGAAUUGGCGCGGUACUCUCGCAAGAAGGUAAACCGGUUGCUUAUUUCAGUGAAAAAUUGAAUGAAGCUUGA